AUGACUGUCGUCGACCCUACGGCCCAGCCGCCACCAUCUCGACCAGCAGAUGCAGAAAAGGGCAAGGCCGGACAUGCAGGCGGCCCCGAGCCUAACCUAGUGACAUGGGAGGAAAACGACCCCGAAAAUCCACAUAACUUCUCGACGGCGUACAAAUGCUGGAUCACGUUUCAGCUGGGUUUAUUGGCGUUGAGCGCCAGUCUGGGAUCCAGUAUUAUUUCCCCGGCGGAGACGGAACUCAAGGCUUAUUUGAAGAUUGGCACGGAAGUUAGUAUUCUUCCGGUGUCGCUUUAUAUUCUCGGCUUCGCCUUCGGCCCCCUAUGCUGGGCGCCCAUCUCCGAGCUCUUCGGCCGACGAUGGUCGAUGCUGCCCGCGGUAUUCAUCCUGGGACUGUUCAGCAUCGGCACCGCAACCAGCAAAAACACCGCCUCAGUUCUCAUCACCCGGUACUUCGCGGGCCUGUUCGGCUCCGCACCAGUCAGUAAUGUCUCCGCCGCGCUCGGCGACAUCUUCCACAUGAAGGCGCGCGGCAUCGCCAGCACCUCGUACGCCAUCUGCGUCGUCGGCGGCCCAACCAUGGGACCCAUCAUCGGGGCUGCGCUGGUCUCGAAUCCGCACCUAGGGUGGCGCUGGACCGAGUACAUCGAAGCCAUCAUCGUGUUCUUCAUCUUCGGUAUCACCUUCUUCUGUCUGCCGGAGGUAUACGGCCCCGUGCUGCUGCAUCGUAAGGCGGUGCGUAUGCGCAAGGAGACCGGGAAUGACGAACUGUAUCAUCCGCACGAGCAUAUCAAGGUGGACGUGCAUAGUAUCGUCACGAAGCAUUUUUCGCGUCCGCUGGUCAUGCUUGUUACGGAACCGAUGGUUACGGUGAUUGCGCUGUAUGCGUCGUUUACGUAUGCGUUGCUGUAUCUCACCUUGGAGGUGUUCCCUAUUGUUUUUGAUGAUAUUCGCCAGUGGAAACCUGUGGUUGCUACGCUGCCGUUCAUCGGCCUGUUCGUCGGCGUGCUGCUAUCCUCUGCAUUCAUUAUCUUCAUCGGCCAGCCGUACUACAUCCGCAAGUGGGAGGAAGGUGGCGGUAAGCCUGUGCCGGAGGCGCGUCUGAUGCCCAUGGCUGUUGGGGGGUUCUUGUUCGCGGGUGGUCUGUUCUGGUUUGGGUGGACGGCUGAGCCUAAGUAUUCAUGGGGGUUGCCGGUUGUGGCGGCGAUGGUGUUUGGAUGUGGGUUUUGUAUUAUCUUUGGGCAGUGUAUCAACUUUCUGGUCGAUACGUAUGGGCCUUAUGCGGCGUCGGCGACGGCUUCGAAUACUUUCCUGCGGACCGAUGUUUCGCAAUUUGGGGGUUGGGCCGGCCAUGUCCAUUUUGGGGGGCGUCGCCGCGGCGGCGAUCCCGGUGCCGUUUUUGUUCAUGAUUUACGGGGUCAGGUUGAGGAAGAUGUCGAGGUUUGCGCCGUUUAA